CCUUAAAGCACUAGAAAGAGCAGCGGAUACACCGACCCAGCCAGAAAUGAGAGAUAGAUCAUCGAUCUAUGCAUAGAAAAGGGCAUCCCUUUUCUCUCUCUCUCUUUCUCUCUCUCGGAAUUGCUCUACAAGAUCCCAGCCCCUUCAGUGGCUGCUUUGGUGCUUCCUUUUGAUUUUGGUUUUGUGUGAAUUCGCAUAGAAAAUAUUUGAGCUUUCUAGGGGUUUUCACAUCAUGUUAGGUUCAUUGCCGAUACUGCCUCUCCCUGCUCCUCCUUCUGAUGGAAAUCUCGGUCCUCUACCUGAGUCUCAGCUCCCUCAGGACGAUAGGGAGGAGGAGAACAAGUCGAAUUCAGCUCCUGCUCCGCCGCCUGCAACGGUUGCUACCCAUACUAGAACUAUAGGAAUUAUACACCCCCCUCCUGAUAUUAGAACCAUCGUUGAUAAAACUUCCCAGUUUGUUGCCAAGAAUGGUCCCGAAUUUGAGAAGAGGAUUAUUGCAAAUAACACUGGCAAUGUCAAGUUCAAUUUCCUCAACGCAUCGGAUCCCUAUCAUGCGUAUUAUCAACACCGUUUGGCUGAAUUUCGUGCUCAGAAUCAAUCGUCUGGUGCGCAACCACCUUUGCAGCCUCCUGACUCGUCUGUUCCUGAAUCUGCACCUUCUGCACCGGCCCCUGAUAGCAAUGGCACAGUGGCAGUUGAAAAGCCUGAUAUUUCUGCCCAGUUUAGACCUGUUAAGAAAGUGCUUGAACCCCCUGAAGCCGAGCAGUACACUGUUCGGCUUCCCGAAGGAAUUACAGGUGAAGAGCUGGAUAUCAUAAAGCUUACGGCACAAUUUGUGGCUCGAAAUGGGAAAUCUUUUUUGACAGGAUUAACUAGUAGGGAAGUUAAUAACCCACAGUUCCAUUUCUUGAAACCAACCCACAGCAUGUUUACGUUCUUUACAUCCCUUGCGGAUGCAUAUUCAAAGGUUUUGAUGCCUCCAAAGGGUUUGACAGAGAAGCUGAAGAAGAGUGUUCCUGACAUGACAACUGUCCUUGAGAGGUGUGUGAAUAGGCUAGAAUGGGAGCGUUCACAAGAGCAAGCCAGGCAAAAAGCCGAGGAUGAGAUAGAGCAGGAAAGGAUACAGAUGGCUAUGAUUGAUUGGCAUGACUUUGUGGUGGUUGAAACGAUAGACUUUGUUGAUGAUGAGGAUGAAGAGUUACCUCCUCCAAUGACCAUUGAAGAGGUUAUUAGGAGAAGCAAGGUGUCAGCCGCAGAAGAAGAAAUUGUAGAGCCAGGAAAGGAGGUAGAAAUGGAAAUGGACGAGGAGGAGGCACAGCUUGUUGCAGAGGGCUUGGGAAAAGCUAGUUUAGAAGACAAGGAUGAUGAGAGAAAUGAAGCCAUGGUUACUGAAGAACCUGAGCCACCGAUGAAAAUUGUGAAGAACUGGAAGAGACCAGAGGAGAGGAUUUCUGCAGAAAGAGAUCCAACCAAGUUUGUUGUUUCUCCUAUCACCGGUGAACUGAUUCCUAUUAGUGAAAUGUCAGAACAUAUGAGAAUUUCCCUUAUUGAUCCCAAGUACAAGGAACAGAAAGAAAGGAUGUUUGCCAAAAUUCGAGAGACAACUCUGGCUCAGGAUGAUGAAAUUUCAAGAAACAUUGUCGGACUUGCUAGAACCCGUCCUGAUAUCUUUGGUACAACAGAGGAAGAAGUUUCGAAUGCGGUCAAGGCAGAGAUUGAGAAGAAAAAUGACGAGCAACCUAAGCAAGUUAUAUGGGAUGGUCACACCGGUAGUAUUGGCCGCACUGCAAAUAUAGCCUUGUCUCAGAAUAUGGGUGGUGAGGAUCAAAAUGAUCCAUCUAAUAAUGAAGCCAAGAACCUUCCUGGUCCUGCUGCACCUCCUCCUAGGCCUGGUAUGCCUUCAAUUCGGCCUCUUCCACCACCAGCUGGAUUAGCAUUGAAUCAUCUUCCCCGUUUUCCUCCCAAUGUAGUCCAGUAUUCUGCUCCAAACAGUGGUGGACUUUCUGUUCCUCCGCCUAGGCCACCAGUAAUGUCCAUGAUGCAAUCUAAUCCUAACAUUCGGCCAGCCCCACCUCCUCCUAUGCCAAUGUCUUCUGGGCAGCAGUCGGUUAUGGCUGGUCAACCACCCCCAAUGCCUCCAUCAAUUCCUAUGAAUAGCCAAGGAAUUCCCAUACCUCCACCUCCAGGAUCUCAGUACACUCCUAUACCUGUUCCCCGACCUUUUGUUCCUUUCUCUGUCCCACCAUCAGGUAUGCCUAUGAUGCAUCCACCACCUAUGCCUCAAGGAGUGCCACCACCGCCACCACCACCUGAAGAAGCUCCUCCCCCACUUCCAGAGGAACCAGAGCCAAAGAGGCAGAAGCUUGAUGAUUCUGCUCUGAUUCCUGAAGAUCAAUUUCUGGCUCAACAUCCGGGACCUCUCCGGAUCAGUGUGUCUGUUCCAAACCAUGAUGAAGGAAAUCUUAAAGGACAAGUUCUGGAAAUUACAGUGCAAUCUCUGUCUGAAACUGUUGGCAGUCUGAAGGAAAAGAUUGCAGGGGAGAUACAACUCCCUGCUAACAAGCAGAAAUUAAGCGGAAAGCCAGGCUUUCUCAAGGAUAAUAUGUCUCUUGCCCAUUACAAUGUUGGUGGAGGAGAAAUACUUACUCUCAGCUUAAGAGAGCGUGGUGGUAGAAAGAGAUGAGCAUACUAGUUGUUGUCAUUUCAAGAAGGUUGUUGUAACCUUUACUCCCUCUUUGAGGAAUAUGGAUCCUCAUAUUAUUGAUAGACUACAUGUUGUUAUCUUAGAAUUUUAUGUUGGAUACAUUAUAUUUGCUGUAUUGUGAGGUUUUUUUUGAAGUUUUUAUUGUUGUCUUAGAAACUGAUGAUAAUUCUGGAAUACAGAUUUUGGCACCUUGGCGCAGGUCUCAAGGGGAAUGGGAAGUAGUGGAGUUCCUUUAUCUAACCUGCUCAAGCUAAACAUUUUGCAUCA